UGCGUUGCCAAGUCGUCAGCAUGAUUUGUUUUGUGUGCGUCAUUUUACCUGCUUCGCUACAACGGCUGCUGUCAUUUGUAGGGCUCUCGCACAAGAACCUCACAACAGUACCGCAGUUGGCAGGUUCCGCGGAGCGAAGUUUGACAGCUCGCAUCGGCAUUUGUUUUCAUUCGCCUUUUCGCACUCAACAGAAUCGCGUCCAGAGGGGACGCGCGUCCUCUUAAAUUACACAUAUUUUAAGCUAAAAAAAAGAACCACAAAUUGCCAACAAAUCAGCAUCGUGCGGAGCCGAGAGAAUGACGAAACGGAACGCUUGGUCACGGGUGGAAACACUCGAGCUGCUCGAUAUACUGCGGACGAGCUGCGUCCCGUUCCUGGACGGUACCAUCAACAACCGGAAGGGCCAAAUGUAUCGCCAGAUCGAGCAUGAGCUGCAACGGCGCGGACACAGCAUCAUACGGGACGCCCGGCAGAUUGAGCACAAGUGGAAAAACCUCAAGUUUGCGUACGACCGGUACCGGGAGGAGCUGGUGCAGCGGGAAAACAACAACGACAAAGCGUGGAUCGCGGAACCGAAACCGUGCGAAUUCUACAAGGAGCUGGAGGAACUGUUUAGCAUCGUUGAGCAGCGUUCGCCACACAUUGAGAUGCAGCCAGCGGAGGAAACGAUCGUGACGUACUACGAUGAAGAGUUCGUUACGGAUGAAACGCAAGAGCUUACCGUGGAUGAUGAUUCGGUUGUGAUAGAGGAGAUUGUGUACGAUUCACAGGAUGCACUUGAGUUUGAAGAGGCAGCGGCAGCAGCGGCGGCGGCGGCGGCUGCGGCCACCACUUCCAAAGCAGCAGCAGCAACCCCUGCUGAACCAACACCACCUCCGCAACCCACCUCAUCACAACCUGUCCCGAAGCGCAAAAAGCUAACGGUAGCCAACAUGGACGAACUGCUGUUCCGCAUCUGUAACCUACAGCAGGAGCACAACGAAUCGUUCAACCGCAGCCAGAUGGAGUUUAUCGAGAACGAGUUUGAAUCGUUCCGCGAGAAGGAGCGGGAACAUUUGCUCCAGCUGAAGCUCGAUCUGGAGAUGUUGAAGCAGAAGUUUUUGGCCCGAAUACGGAAGGUGGCGAGGGAGGAGGUGGGGGCGCUCGAUGCGGGCGACGAAACGCUGGGGAACGAUUCGAAACGGCGGCGUGUUGGAGGUGGUGUGCGACGGAAAUAAGGUGGUAGGGGUGUUGACUUUUUAUACACAUGCAGCGAUAGUAGGCUGUGGCUGUUUGCGCAGAAACUGGAAAAACAACAACAGCAUGAGCUAAGUAGGCGCAUUGGCGCGUCGUUGCGUAGUUACGAUUUGGUGGUUUUUUUUACACACACACAGUUGUGCAUUACGAUAUAGCGACGAAGCAGAGGUUUGUUUUAUUGAGAUGUAAAAAAUAAGAAAUCUAGGUAUAAUUAAUCUAAUUUACAUAUUAAAUACUUGUAAAAUACCGUUUAAAAACGAUGAUGCUCUUUUAUAAUUAUUUUUUUGCUUUAAAAUAAAAAUAUGCCAUAAUUUGUCUUUAA